CGGCGGCGGCGGCGGUGGCGGCGGAGUUCGCUCGGGUAUCGCGGGCACCUCAGCUACCUUUUUGGCUGCCUCCUCUCCGUCCUCCUCAGAGGCCUCCGCGGCGCCUGCCGGCUCGGCCCCCGCCGCCACCGCCCCCGCCGCCGCCGCCGCCUCAGCGCCCUCCCGCGCCCGCCGCGCCGCCGCCAUGGGCCCGCGCCCGCCGCGCCGCCGGGCCGAGGGCAGCUGAGGCGCCGCGCGAAGAUGGGCGAGGGCGGAGCAGGGCCAGAGCGCCAGCCCGAGCAGCCCGGGCGCCCCGCGCGCGCCCGCCCGCGCCGCCGCGGGGAUGCCCGCGCCCGCCGCCGCGCCCUGAGCGCCUUUGUCUGCUGCCCGCGCCGCCCGCCGCACCACUGGCCUCGCGGGCCUGCGCCGCGGCCGGGGGCGCGCCCAUGAAGAUGGAGCCGGGCCGGCCGGCCUCCCCCGCGGGCGGCCCGUGCCCCAACGCCGAGCCCGGCGGGCCCGACCGGCCGGGGGCCGCCCUCGCCCCGCGCCCGGAGCCCGGCCCCCCGGGGGCCGCGGCCUGCGCCGAUGCCGGGGCGGACCUGAGCGCCGGGCGAGCCCCGGGGCCGGACGCGCGCCCUGAGAGCGCCUGGGCGCCUGCCCCGGGCCCGGGCACCUCUUACCUGCUGCCGGCUCGGGCCGCCUGCGCUGGCACCGGCCCCGGCCCCGACCGGCAGCUGCCUGAACUCGGCCCGCUUCUGUCCUGGACUGAGGAGCCAGCUGAUUACGGAGCCCCGGUUCGCCCGGAGAGCCCCUCUCUCCGCGUGCAGGGUUCCAGGCACAGCCGGCACGUGAGGGGCGAGGUCGACUUCUUCCCCGGCUUUCCCUCGCCCGCGGUGGGCGAGCUGACGCUCGACGUGGGUCCCGGGCAGCCGGACCGGCCCUCGGACUUCAGCCAGACCUGCCCACUCCCGAGCGAGCCCGCGACGUGUCCGGAGGACGGUCCCCGCCUUCGAGCCGUGUUCGACGCCCUGGACGGCGACGGGGACGGCUUCGUCCGCAUCGAGGACUUCGUCCAGUUCGCCACGGUCUACGGGGCAGAGCAGGUGAAGGACUUAACGAAAUACCUGGACCCCAGUGGGCUUGGCGUGAUCAGUUUUGAGGACUUCUGUCGAGGGAUCACCGCGAUCAGGAACGGAGAGUCCGAUGGCCAGCUGUGUGCGGUCACACCCGCCCAGGACCAGGAGCCGCCUGCCUGCCCCGAUGAGUUCGACGACUUCGUUACUUUCGAGGCCAACGAAGUGACAGACAGCGCAUACAUGGGGUCCGAGAGUACUUACAGUGAGUGUGAGACCUUCACCGACGAGGACACGAGCACCCUGGUGCACCCGGAGCUGCAGGCCGAAGGGGACGCGGACAGCGCUGGCGGCUCAGCCGUGCCCUCCGAGUGCCUGGACGCCCUGGAGGAUCCUGGCCACGGCGCUCUGCUGCUGCUCCCUGGCAGAUCGCAGCUGCACAGCCAGUCUGUCGUCACGGUGAUAGGUGGUGAGGAGCAUUUUGAGGACUAUGGUGAGGGCAGCGAGGCGGAGCUGUCCCUGGAGACCCUCUGCAACGGGGAGCAUGGCUGCAGAGACCCCACUUUCCCUACCCCCAGUCCAGCGAAGCGGCUCUCCAGCAGGAAGGUGGCAAGGAACCUGCACCAGUCAGCGGCCCUGACCAUGGACACCCUGCAGGACCCUGCCCCGGACCCAGUGGAGUGCAUGGAGGAGGACAUUGCAGAUAAGGUUGUCUUCCUGGAGAAGCGGGUGUCGGAGCUGGAGAAGGACACAGCUGCCAAUGGGGAGCAGCACAGCCGGCUGAGGCAGGAGAACCUCCAGCUUGUGCACAGAGCCAAUGCCCUCGAGGAGCAGCUGAAGGAGCAGGAGCUGCGAGCCUGUGAGGUGGCGCUGGAGGAGGCGCGGCGGCACCGGGAGCUCGUGUGCAAGAUGGAGCGAGAGCGGAGCAUCGAGGUGGAGAGCCUGCAGGCCAGGCUGCAGCAGCUAGACGAGGAGAAUGGGGAGCUGAGGUCCUGCACGCCCUGUCUGAAGGCUAAUAUUGAGCGCCUGGAGGAGGAGAAGCAGAAGUUGCUGGAUGAGAUCGAAGAGCUGUCCCUGCGGCUCAGUGAUGAGCAGGAGAACCGGAGGAAGCUGGGGGACAGGCUGAGUCAUGAGAGGCACCAGUUCCAGAGGGACAAGGAGGCAACUCAGGAGCUGAUCGAGGACCUGCGGAAGCAGCUGGAGCACCUGCAGCUCUUCAAGCUGGAGGCGGAGCAGCGGAGGGGCCGCGGCAGCAGCGUGGGCCUGCAGGAGUACAACAGCCGCACCCGCGAGAGCGAGCUGGAGCAGGAGGUCCGCCGGCUGAAGCAGGAUAACCGCACCCUGAAGGAGCAGAAUGACGAGCUCAACGGGCAGAUCAUCAACCUGAGCAUCCAGGGUGCCAAGAACCUCUUCUCCACGUCCUUCUCGGAGUCCCUGGCCGCGGAGAUCAGCUCCGUCUCCCGAGAUGAGCUCAUGGAUGCGAUUCAAAAGCAGGAGGAGAUCAACUUCCGGCUGCAGGAUUACAUUGACCGGAUCAUCGUGGCCAUCAUGGAGACCAACCCAUCCAUCCUGGAGGUCAAAUAGAGGCAGGAAGGCCCAGCCUGGUGGGCCCAGGACCCCACCCACACUCAGGAGAUGGCCACAGCAUGCACGCGCCUGAGACCAGUGGUUGGGCCAGGGCGCAGUGAUGGGUCUGCAGAGGGAGAAGGAAUGGGAGCCCGGGUCUGGGGCCCACACAGGAGAGGGUGGGGCUGGGCUGCUCUCUGCAGAGAUGCAGAGACGACGUCUCCAGCUCAGGUGAACCCUUCUGGGAGCUCCCUCCCAUGUGGCAGACGCCACUGCUGCCUGCCCACCAGGGAAGGAAGGGUGCGUCCCCACCAGGGUGGUUUUGCAUGGUCUGCUCAGAGGCCGUCACCCGACGGCACGGCGGCCCCAGGACCCUCUCGCCAGACGCGGUGGCAUGCGGAGUACAGGCAGCCGAGGCGGUACGCGUCAGGGUCUGGCUAGGAGCUGCGGGGGUCCCAGCUUCCCCGGGGCUGGCUCCCGUCCAGAGGAUCACUUCGGUCCAGUGCCAGACCCUCCCGUGGAGGCUGGGGCAGGAGCCUCUCUUCUGAAAUCAGGACUUGAGAGUCUCACCAUGCGGACCCUGCUCUCUGGACAGGGUGGGUGUUGCUGGCCUUUGUGACCCUAGGUGCAGGCAGCGUCCUAGUGAGAAACCGCCUCCCGGCUGGGGUGGCCCCCCUGGCCUCCUGGAGCAGCCCCUCCCCUGGCAGGUCUCAGCUGCCCCGGGAGAGUCCUGGUUUCCUACGCAGAGUGCACGUUUCCCCUGGGAGUUGGAAGUUGAAGUGGCCGUCCUUCCCCAAGCUGGGUUUUGCAGACGGCCAAGCUCUGCUGGCUCUCCCAGCACACGAUUAAGAACAGAAAACAGGGCCCUCCCAGCAGCCUGGGGGCUCCGUUAAGGAAAUCAUUGCCUGGCUCUAUGCCCCCACUGCCAGGCACCGCACCACCACGGGGGCCGCUGGGCCUGCACACAGACGGGCCACUGCUGUGUGCAAGUGUGUGUGAGAGGGCGUGUGUGUGCGCGUCUGUGUGCGCGUGUGUGUGUGUGUUGCCCUGCGUCCCUCCGUGCUCCAUGUGGCCCACCUUCUACACUAAGAUUUAAGACGUUGCCUCGUAUUGUACAUUUUGGGGAAAGCCUUGGGUGUAAAUCAGUGUAAACUUGGAGGAGAGAUUUUUCUAUCAUGUAGAGUAGGUAUUUUUUAUAGAUUGAAGGUUGAUCAAUUUUUUAAUACUUCCAAGAGAGAAAACUAUCUGUGUAUACAUAUAAAAUAUAUAUAUGUAUGAUAAUAAAUACUGGAACUCUGCUUUCUGUGCCCAGCCCUGCCCCGGUGACACAGAUGUGGGUCUGUCUCUGUCCAUCACUCAGUGGUCCCGUAACUGUACAUAGGGGCUGCCGGGAGAGGCUUCACACAGACACCCAGACAUCGACGUGCACAGUGACCCUGUUGCCUUCCCUGGAGAAAGACUUCAGGCAGAGCCGUGGUAGCCUGGAUGCUGAAGGGCAAGGCCAGGACAGUCUCACUGAAGAUUAAAGCUAUCUAUACAC